AUGUGCCCAACCUGCAACGGUGAUGUCGUCAAUGGCACCAAUGCUGAUGUCCCUGCAACAACUAAUGGGCAUGUGAAUGGCACCAACGGCUAUGGGCAACACACACCGCACAAUCCACGGAGGCAGCCUUUUGCCUCCGUCGGUGACUAUCUUUCCAAUCUCUCAAACUUCAAGAUAAUCGAGAGCACUUUACGUGAGGGAGAGCAGUUUGCCAAUGCAUUCUUCGAUACAGAUACCAAGGUCAAAAUAGCAAAAGCCUUAGACGCAUUCGGAGUCGAAUACAUCGAGCUCACUUCUCCUGCAUCCUCGGAGCAGUCACGCAAGGACUGCGAAAUCAUUUGCAAUCUGGGGCUCAAGGCCAAAAUACUCACUCACGUUCGGUGCGCCAUGGAUGAUGCACGCAUCGCAGUAGAAACAGGAGUUGAUGGCUUGGAUAUAGUCAUUGGGACAUCACCGCAGCUGAUGCAGCAUUCGCACGGAAAGAGCAUGGACUACAUAAGAGAUACUGCACUCGAGGUGAUCCAAUUCGUCAAGUCCAAGGGCUUGGAAUGCAGAUUUUCCUCCGAGGAUUCUUUCAGAUCCGAUCUUGUUGAUCUACUCAACAUAUACUCAAUUGUUGCCAAGGCUGGUGUGGAUAGAGUUGGUAUCGCAGAUACCAUUGGUUGUGCGAGCCCAAGACAAGUGUACGAUCUUGUCCGGACACUGCGUGGGGUCGUUCAGUGCGACAUUGAAACACAUUUUCAUAAUGAUACCGGUUGCGCCAUCGCCAAUGCCUACUGCGCGCUGGAAGCCGGAGCUACACACGUUGACACAUCAGUCCUGGGCAUCGGCGAGCGGAAUGGGAUUACCCCACUAGGAGGGUUCGUUGCACGCAUGCUGGUCGCUGAUAGAGACUACGUGAGGAGCAAGUAUGAUCUUACGAAGCUCAAGGCUAUUGAGGACUUGGUCGCGGCUGCUGUCGAGAUCAAUGUCCCCUUCAACAACUAUAUUACUGGCUUCUGUGCAUUCACACACAAAGCAGGUAUACAUGCCAAAGCCAUUCUAGCCAACCCCACCACGUACGAGAUUAUCAAUCCAGCGGACUUUGGCAUGACCCGCUAUGUCCACUUCACAUCGCGCCUGACUGGUUGGAAUGCUAUCAAAAGCCGUGUCAAUCAACUCGGUUUAGACAUGACGGACAGUCAGAUCAAGAGCUGUACUGCAAGGAUCAAGGCUAUGGCCGAUGUCAGGCAUUUAGCCAUCGAAGACACCGACGCCAUUAUCAACGCUUUCUACGAAAAUCUUUACUCGGAGCACAAUAACGAGAAGCCACUACUGGACGAUAUGACCGUUGAAGAAAAAGUACGAUUCGCUCAAAAGGAGGCGGAGCUAAGUGAAGAACCGGAGUCACAGCACCUUGAUCAAAUCGUCGACCAACAGACGAAUGUCCUGGCCAAGAAUGACGUCAACGGUCACGAAGGUGUGAAUGUUUUGAACGGUGAGACAGCCGCUGCGGCGUGA